CCCGUCCUUUCUCUGUGCUCUCCAUCCCCAACGCUGCUCUCCCCGAAGCUCCGAUCCGACCCACCCCUCCGUUCGUCCAUCGUCACUGUCUGCCCCUCUCCGUGCCUAUCUCUGCCCGCACUCGAUAGCAAGGGGAGCCUCAAGCGCGACGCCGGCGGCGACCAAGGACGGCGGUAGCACCCGUGUACCGGCAACUCAAGGAAUUUAGCUGCAACCUCCGCUCUGCCUUGUUGCUAUGGGGACAGUUGCAAUCUACAGUCUUUUCAUCAUCAAUAAGUCUGGUGGCCUGAUUUAUUACAAGGACUAUGGCUCAGCAGGGAGAAUGGACACCAACGACAGUCUACGCCUCGCAAGUCUCUGGCACUCAAUGCAUGCUAUCUCCCAGCAAUUGUCCCCUACCACUGGCUGUACUGGCAUUGACCUCCUUCAAGCCAACAACUUCGACCUUCAUUGCUUCCAAUCCCUUACAGGGACGAAAUUUUUCGUUGUAUGCGAAACAGGAGCUCAAAACAUGGAGAUCCUGCUCAAGACGAUAUACGAGCUGUACACAGAGUUUGUCUUGAAGAACCCAUUCUACGAGAUGGAGAUGCCUAUUCGGUGUGAGCUCUUUGAUCUCAACCUAGCUCAGGUCAUCCAGAAGGAUCGUGUCGCACUUAUGGGCCGGUGAAACAUGGCAUGCAGUAUCUCCUGUAACUUUUUUGUGUUCAUGUACUGCAUUUAUAUUUGCGCAGCUAGAACCUGUUUCAUGUUGAAUGUCUUGCUGAUAACCAACGGCGUGAAUGCUAAGCUCUUGACGUCUGUAAAUCUCUAUACACAAUACUGGGUUACAUCAUUUCAUGACAGAAGCUGAAUAUACUUUGAUACUGUUUCGUUUGGAUUUC